UAGAAAAAUGCUUGCUGGGCCAACAAGUCGAAAAAAUAUACCCGAAAACAUGUCAUUAUUAGAUAUACAAUUAAAUAUAAGUACAAGUAGCACAACAAAAGGAACAGAUUAUGCAUUAGAAUAUAUACGAAAAGAAGAAGCUGAACUUUUACAGUCUUCUAAUUAUUAUGAUGCAAAUAAACAAAACGACUUUGAAACUGUAUCACAAGGAAGUGCCAUACAAGAUAUUCAAAAUGAAAAAACAUUAAAUAUUUACGAAACAUAUCCAUUUGCUCAGCAUGCAAAAUCUAAUUUAAUAAUUAAUUCCAAAAAAAAUCAAAUAGUGUCUAUGAUUGAAACUAAUUCAGUUGUAGUAAUUCAAGGUCCAACAGGUUGUGGUAAAACUACACAAGUACCACAAUUUAUUUUAGAUAAUUCUUAUCAAAAAAGACUUCAUUGCAAUAUUAUAGUUACACAGCCUAGAAGAAUUGCUGCUAUAAGUAUUGCAAAACGUGUGAGUGCAGAAAGAAAUUGGCCACUGGGUACUCUUGUUGGAUAUCAAGUUGGUCUAAUAAAUCAUGUGUGUAAAGAUACACGUUUGACAUAUUGUACUACUGGAGUACUUUUACAUAAAUUGAUAAAUAGUAAAAAUAUGUUGGACUAUACACAUGUUAUACUUGAUGAAGUACAUGAAAGAGACCAAGAUAUGGAUUUUCUUUUACUUGUUGUUCGGAAGUUAUUACAUACAAAUUCACGUUCAGUAAAAGUUAUUUUAAUGUCUGCUACAUUUGAAGUAGAAAAGUUUGCUAAAUAUUUUUCUUCACCUGUGGGAAAUGAACUUGUUCCUGCACCUGUUAUUGAUAUUUCAAAGAAAACAUAUUUUAAUGUUGGUAUCUAUUAUCUUUGUCAAAUGGGUGCACUGGGACCAAUACCUGAAGUUUCUGCUAUGAAACCAAGUGUUACGAGAAGAAUGAUAGAGUUUUGUGUUAACCUUAUGAAAGUUCUUGAUGAAGUUGAUAUGAAAGCUGAUGAUGUAAAUUAUGAUCCAAAAACAAAUGUUUAUGACAGACAUGUGCUUCUCAUAUUUUUGCCAGGAAUUCAUGAAAUUGAAGAAAUGAAUAGUCUGUUGUCUUUGCCCAAACAUGAACAAUCCAAGUGGGACAUAGUAAUAUUACAUUCAUCAAUUACAAGUGAAGAGCAGCAGCGAAUUUUUCAAAAACCACCUUAUGGUUAUCGUCGCGUUAUCCUAUCUACAAAUAUUGCCGAAAGCAGUAUUACUGUUCCUGAUGUAAAAUAUGUAAUUGACUUCUGCUUAACAAAGCAGCUUAUUAUGGAUCCACAAACGAAUUUUCAGUGCUUAGAAUUAAGGUGGGCGAGUAAAGUAAAUUGCGACCAAAGAGCUGGUCGUGCAGGACGGGUAAUGGAUGGUAGAGUAUAUAGAUUAGUACCACAAGCAUUUUAUAAGGAUAUUUUGCCACAAGAAGUAUUGCCUGAAAUAUUAAGAGCUCCAUUGGAAAAUCUGGUUCUCAAAGCAAAGUUGUUAGACAUGGGAGAACCUAAAGCUAUUUUAGCACUUUCCUUGGACCCACCUGAUCUUGGAAACUUAGAAAGAACAAUAUUAAUGUUAAAGGAAGUAGGGGCAUUAACAAAUAAGUUCAAUGAAAUACAACCUUUUGAUGGAGAACUAACAGACCUUGGUCGAGUUAUGGCCAACUUACCACUGAAUAUUCAGCUAUCGAAAUUAAUAAUGUUAGGGCAUAUUUUUAGUGUUUUAAAAGAUACAAUAAUUAUCGCAGCUAGUUUGUCAGUAAAAGAUGUAUUUAAUAAUCCGUUUCAACAAAAGUUGUUAGCUUAUAAUGUUAGGCUUAGUUGGGCAGCCAAUUCUUGUAGUGACUGUGUAGCUUUCAUGAAUGUAUAUAAAGUAUGGAUAACCGAAAAAGUUAAUCGGCGAUUAAAUAAUGAUGCGGAAGAAAAAAAAUGGGCAAUGAGAAAUUUUGUACAGAUUAGAGUAUUACGUGAAAUUAAAGCUCUAGUAACAGAAUUAACUACUAGAUUGGAAAGAUUAGGUAUACAAGAAAGUGCUGGAAUUAAUAAAGUUGUUUGGAAAGAAGAAGAACGACCGAUUGUUUUAAAAAUUGCAAUCGCUGGUGCAUUUUAUCCCAAUUAUUUUGUUAAAUAUGGAUCAGAAUCAGAAAAACAAUUGAAAGAACAUGCUGAUGUGAAAUUAUUAGGUGGUUUAGAUCCAUUAAAUACAGUAUACUUACAAGGAUGGCCUUUGAAACAACCUGGACUUUUAUAUGCUCGUAGGAUACAAGAUAUUUUUAAGGAUAAUCUGACAACUAUCACUGACAAAAUGAAUGUGUCUUUUGAUGCUUCUUCUCGUAUUUAUAUUCAAUUUAUUGAAAGAGAAUCUAAAAAACAAUGUAAUAAUAUACCAAGAAAAAUAUCUUCUUCUGUCUAUAAAGCAAUUAGAAUGAGACAGUGUAAUAUUCCUAUAGAGAUACCUAUUUUAAAUGAAGAUACAGCCUGUCAGCGAGCAGAAAAAUUGAACUUACAGAAGAAAGUCUUUUUUACACCCGAAAAUUUAAUAAAAAGCAAAAUUAAAUCUGAAUUGCCAGGUUUACGAAUAACCCGCAUUCCUUUGCUAAUACAAAAUAUAAAAAAUCCUGGUUGUUUUUGGGCACAAAUACGUAGUUCUACAUCUACAAAAAGACUACAUAAAAUAAAAUCGACUAUUGAAAAGAUAAAAAAUCAAUCGGAGACAUUAAAAGUAAUUCCAGAUACUGGUACACUUGUAAUUGCACCAUAUGAAGAAAAUAAUUUAAAAGCAUAUUUCCGGGCAGUAGUAUUAGGCCAUAUAACAUUACCAGAAAUAUUAGUGCAAGUAUUUUUCAUUGAUUAUGGUUAUUCAAGCGAGUGUCGGUUAUGUGACUUAAAACGUCUAAACUACGAUUGUGAUAUCUCCGAUGUUCCUGCAUUAGCUUUUGAAUGCAAAUUAGCGAAUAUUGAACCAUCAGGAAUACAUAAUUUCACUGAUGAUUGGUCACAAGCUGCAUGUGAUUUAUUUUGGACCUUAAUUAACAAACCUGGUCAACUCAUUGGUGAUAUUUAUUCUGUUGUCAAUAGCAUAGUUAUGAUAGAAUUGAUGCAUAAAAAUGAAACAGGAGAAGAAAUUAGUAUAAAUCAAUGUCUCAUUGAAAAAAGAUUGGCAAUAAAAAAGGAGGAAAACUAUUUUUCACGCUUCAAUCAUAAUUUAAGACUACAACAAUCAGAUUUAUCAGAUGAACAAUGUUAUCACUAUGAAAAGUUACAGUACAAUCAAGAUUAUAUACCAGAUAUUUAUCCAAAUCCACCUGCAGUUACCGAAUGCUGUACAACAGUAAAUUUACGGGGUCCAUUUUCACCUCUAGAACUUGAAUUAACUCAUCUUGUUGUAGCUGGUAGAGAUAAAAAAGUGAAUAUGGUUUCAAAUUCGGUAAACUCUGUUCUCCUAGAUACCGACCCUGAAGAUUUUUCUCAACGACUAUUAGUGGCAGGAUCUGUAUCUCAAAGUGUACGUGGUCAUAAUUUAACAUUAUAUAAUACAACAUUAAUGCCACGUAUUCCUGGAUUAACUGUUUUACUUACAUUAAUUUUUACACCAUACAUGGAAUUACGACGCAAUAAUUUUGGAACUUAUUACACUGGUGCAUUGUGUGGUUUAGGUUUUGAUCCUGUAACUAAAAGAAGUCUUUUCCCAGAACAUGAUAUAGAAAUUCACUUUGAUGUUGAAAUUACUAUAACUGACUUGCAAUUUAUAAACAGAUUGCGUCACUGGAUGAAUUUUGGAAUGCAAAUUAAUCACCAAUCUGAAGGUAGUAAUAAUAUGGAAGAAUUUAUUAUCUGUCAAAACAGAAUAAAAAAUGCAUUGUUAAAUUUAAUUGAGAAAGAAAGAAAAGUUCAGACUCCUGAAUUAAUUAAAGAUUUUGAUAAGUGGAAUUUGUAUGAUAAAAAUUUAUUACUUCAUUCUAAUAAGCCAUCUAUUAUUACGAGUAUAUAUAGAUUACAUAAUGCAUUAGAAUUAGAAGAAACAUCUGAACUGCAGGAAAUUACAGAACAUGUGAUGAAAUUGCGAGAAUUAUCAAUUGAAGAUCCUAGGAAACCUGAAAAUACGAAUAUUCCAUGCAAAUUGUGUAACGUUGUAUUAAGCGAUAUAUUUGAGCUUCGAAGACAUUUGUAUACAUUAAAACAUAGGCAAAAUGAAGAUACAUUAGGAAUUAAACUUUAA